AGGAAAAGUAAAUUGUCUUUUUGGUUCGGAAGAGAAGAAUAUAUUGAAGCACGUUAAUUUCCCUCCAGGUGGUGUAUAAAUAGACAUGAUUAUAUCACUGAGUCAGAGAACAAACACAAUAAUCCCAUAGAUUAAGAAAACCACAUACACAAAAUCAGCCAAAUCUUUUUCAAAGAUGGCGAACGAAAACUCAAGAAAUGUCCAAGCAUUGGCGAUAGGAACUAUGGUUAGCUUCAAGAUGAGGACUACGGGAGAUCAGUAUCAGGGAAUGGUCUUCUAUUUUACCCCACAGCCUAAUGGUUUUCUCUUUGGGCUCCAAAACGUUGAUGUGUGGAGGAUGGAUGGGAGAUAUGAACAUAUCUCAGGGUUUAGCCACUUUAAUCUAAACGACAUUACGGAGUUUGAAGUGGACGUAGUUGCAAGGCGACCCAACUACGCUCAGGGUGGUCGGAACAAUAACCGCGAUGGUGGAUCAUCAUCCAAAGCAAUUGAGAACAAAAUGGGAUCUCUACGCCUCGAUCCGCCUUCAAAGUGAUUGUUUACACAUAUAUUACAUUUCUCUGAGUCAUAUUCCAACUUAUACAUAACAUGCAUAUACGAAGUUAUAAACCAUACCAUCCAAUAAUGUAGUUUAUACUAUAUAUAGCAAUAUUAUGUCGUUGUGUCUAGUAUAAGACCUUCCUAGUUUCUUCUAUGUCUGGUGCUUUAGUGUCCAUCCAAUAAAGUUAAGUGAUUGUGAGAUUUUAUGAUUUAAUUAAAAUUAUUGAAGGUACUUUUCUGUAUGCAUGUUCUUUUUCUUUUCUUGGGUGAAUUUUCCCA